AUGAGGGAAAGAGCGGCCAGGAAUCCAAGCGUCUGCUGCUCUCACUUCUAUUCCUCGCAGCCUGGGGCGGGGAGUGCCCAGGUUCACUACUCGGUCCUGGAGGAGGCCAAACACGGCACCUUCGUGGGUCGCAUCGCGCAGGACUUGGGGCUGGAGCUGGCGGAGCUGGUGCCACGCCUGUUCCGGGUGGCGUCCAAAGGCCACGGGGACCUUCUGGAGGUAAAUCUGCAGAAUGGCAUUUUGUUUGUGAAUUCUCGCAUCGACCGCGAGGAGCUUUGCGGGCGGAGCCUGGAGUGCAGCAUCCACCUGGAGGUGAUCGUGGACAGGCCGCUGCAGGUAUUCCAUGUGGAGGUGGAGGUGAAGGACAUUAACGAUAAUCCGCCUGUGUUCCCUGGAACACAAAAGAAUCUAUUUAUGGCGGAAUCCAGGCCUAUUGACACUCGGUUUCCACUAGAGGGCGCUGCUGAUGCAGAUAUCCGGGCCAACGCGAUGCUGACCUACACACUGAGUCCCAAUGAAUAUUUCUCACUGGAAAAACCGUCCGAUGACAAGCGGGUAAAACGUCUUGGGCUACUACUAAGGAAAUCCUUAGACAGGGAAGAAGCUCCAGAGAUUUUUUUAGUGCUCACAGCCACUGAUGGCGGCAAACCUGAGCUGACAGGCACGGUUCAGUUACUCAUCAAAGUGCUGGAUGCCAAUGACAACGCCCCAGCUUUUGACAGAACACUCUAUGCGGUGACAUUACCAGAAAAUGUUUCUAAUGGAACGUUGGUAAUGAAACUAAACGCCUCAGAUUUAGAUGAAGGCUCGAAUGCGGACAUUAUGUAUUCAUUCUCAACUGAUAUCUCACCAAAUGUGGAAUCCAAGUUUCACAUAGAUCCAAUUACUGGAGAAAUUAUGGUAAAAGGAUAUAUCGAUUUUGAAGAAAGAAAAUCGUAUGAAAUUCUUGUAGAGGGUAUCGAUAAAGGGCAACCCCCACUCUCUGGCCAUUGUACAGUUAUGGUGGAAGUUGAGGACACCAACGAUAAUGUCCCAGUAAUGGAAUUCAAGUCCCUGUCACUCCCAAUCAGAGAAGACGCUCCAGUAGGCACCGUCAUCGCCCUGAUCAGCGUGUCCGACCGUGACUCUGGUGUCAACGGGCAGGUGGCCUGCUCACUAACAGCCCCAGUACCCUUCAAGUUGGUGUCCACCUUCAAGAAUUACUAUUCGCUGGUGCUGGACAGCGCCCUGGACCGCGAGAGCCUGUUGGUGCUCACGCUGCUGCUGUACACGGCGCUGCGGUGCUCGGCGCCGCCCCGCGAGGGCGCGUGCGGGCCUGCGAAGCCGGCGCUGGUGUGCUCGAGCGCCGUGGGGAGCUGGUCGUGCUCGCAGCAGAGGCGGCAGAGGGUGUGCUCUGGGGAGGGCGCGCCCAAGGCCGACCUCAUGGCCUUUAGUCCCAGUGUACCUGACUCUAGGGACAGAGAGGAUCUGCAGCCAGCAACUGGAGAUUCCCUUUCAAAGAAGCUACUCAAAUUUGGAACACCAGAGUAG